GCGGCAGCGCUCGUGCGCGCCACACACGCCGGGCCGUCCCUUCCUGCCGAGUUCACGCGGACCGGAAGUCCCGGCGCGACGUGUGACUCCUCCGCGUGUGCACACGUCUACGCGGCGUUUCCUCCGCGAGUCAGCCCUCUGCACCGUGCAACUCCUCGUCGCACAGUGAUGCAAAUCUUUUCCUCGCGUGCCACGCUUCUUUAAAGACGAGAGAGAAUUGUGAUUACGUGCGGAUUUUGAAUCGGGAUCGACGUAACAUCCCCUUUGCACACGGGGGGUGCGAGAGCGAGGGUUUUACCGUGGGACAUGUGUGCCACGUGGGGCGAACAGGAGGAUCCACCUGCUGCUCCUAUAAAGUGGGAUUAAGCGAGCAGGCAGCACGACGGUGAGUGACGAAGCAGUAAUGCGAAGCUGCUCCGAAAUUGAGAAAUAUCAUUUAAUUCGAUCGAUUAAUCAAUUAAUGAUUUUACUUGUUGAUUAUUUUAUCGGUAAUUUGAUUGGACACUUCGUUAAUCUUCCACGAUUAUUCUUUAUAUGAGUAUCGUGAAACUUCAAACAAAAUCAUAAAGAUGCAAAAAGCGUAAAAGUAAAUAUGUACAAGUGAUUUGUGAAAAUUAUUCUAACAAAUAUCAAAUAUUGUUUGUGAAGGUAUUUGUUAUCCGUGAUAUUAAUAAUUGUCCGUUGCUACGAAUCACGAAUCGUCCGUGAGUUAUUUAUAAAAUGCUUUUCGAGUGACUAUGUGACAAUUUAUUAUAUUAUAUGAUAUUAUAGUAUUAAUCUUCAGAAAUGCGACGUUUUUAUUUGCCACAAACCAUUGCAAUAUUUAAAUUUUUUAAAAAUACUUGCCGUAUGACAUAUGCCAUCUUAUUUGUGGACAAUUGUCGACGCUAAUCUCGCGUAUACGAUCUCCGAACGUGUACACGCGUUCAAAGACUGCCUGACGAACAAAGACUCGAAGACGCCAAGCACGUCGCGUCGCCAGAAUCGUCGAGGACACUAUGACGUGUAAGAGGAGGGAGAAGACGAAUUUACCGUUGAUUUUUCUCGUAAUUUAUUGUAGGGCCGUGCUUUCCUCCUCUAUAACAAGCGGACAAAACGCGUGCUCGCAUUCUUCGCAGCUGUUCACACAACGAAUCGCGCACGCUGUCUCGCGCGACCAGAAAACCGCGACACAGAUACUUCUUUAUACUCGCUUUUAUGGUGACUUAGCAUCAGCACCGUAAAUUUAUGUGUUUACGACUCUUAUCUAUUACGGCUAUUAUCUAUGCCAUGUUCGUAACUUUUCUGCGAGUGCCUUCCUGCGAAUCGCGAUCGCCCAGAUCUUCCGUUUAAGAUAGAAUCGUAAACGUAAUCGGGUUUUCAGAUAUCUUCAAAAUAGAAUAGAACAAGUUGCAAAAUAAUAAAAAUAGAUUGGAAUCAGUUGUAUCAAAUAAUCGUAAAGUACGUUCUAAGUCAAUAAAAAUGUAGAUUUUUCUAAAACGCGCUUUGUUACAACAUAUUAUAUCGUACAACAUUAUAUAGCAUCAUAUUUAUUCAUCAUAUAUCAAAAACUUGCAUUUGCAUAUUAUUGCAUAUAAAAAAGAUACCAUAAAAAAAUCGCAUAUAAAAUGGAAAUUCCAGUUUCGCCGCAUUAAAUCAUCGGCCUUUCCUAUUUAGUAUAACGAUUAACAAUGUUGAGCAUGUAGGACAUUAUCAGAAUUACACUAAAUGCGGAUAUCGUUCGUCUGUUGCAAUCUUGACAGUGAUGCAACUUCCGGGUCGAUGAAUGUUAUCUAUUUGUCUAGCACAACCUAAUCAUAAUUAUCGCACUUAACUUGCUCCAGAAAUUAUCAAUUUUAAUUAAUCAGAUGACUCUUGCAGAUAACGUUUUCAGAUAAAAAAAAUAAAUCAUUGUAAUGGGUGAUAAAUCUAUUUUAAAUUUUUAAUCGGUCUCCCUUGUGCUUUUUUGACAAUACCCAGCACAAUGGUUACGCAUUAUUGCACCGUGUAAAAGAUAGCACACCGAACUCGUCCUCAUUUCUUUAUUCUUCUUCUUCUUUAUUCAUCAACGCGCGUCUACAUACGUCUGCCAUGUACGUCAGUAUCGAAGUAAUUGCUGGAUCGUUGGCGUUCUGAGCUGUUAGUGUUUCCAGGCGUGUCGUAAAGCUUUAAGAAGAACUCGAGGCGAAUCUAAUAAGCGCCAGCACGGCGACGAGCGGCUGGCACUAAAGCUCGGUCGCAACGCUCGAAUGAGUGGAGAACCAAGGGGGAGCUUAAAGCUCUCGUAAGUUAGGGCAAUCGAAUGUCGACUCAAACGAUGGUUCACCGUUCAUCCCUCUCGCGCGCUGCCCGUGGCAUCAUGAUUUGUGCUAAUGGCCUGAGCCUCGGAGCAUAUCCUCCAUGGACCGUUCACGAAAAUCGGAGGAUGACUCGCCGCCGCCGUGCAUCUUCCCGGGAUUUCCACGUCCACGAUGUCGCCAGCAAUCCGCCAUGAUCAGGAUGAAUCUGGGAUCGAUCCUAGUCCUGACGAUGCUGAGUGUGGCCGGCAUCUCGUCCUCCCACAUACCCGAAAAGUAUCCCAUAGAAGUGUAUCAUAUGUUACAAGCAAGAACGCAGUAUGGAAUUGAACGUGACAACAGGGUGAGAGGAACCUGGGGUACGUGGAGCUCCUGGAGCGAGUGCUCGAGAUCCUGCGGUACUGGUAUCCAGUCCCAAUCUCGAGAAUGUGUCCCUCUACGGAGACUUUUGAGGAGGCGAAGUAUUAUCUCGGAGAACGGCACGAGCAGCAUCAAGCCCAUUUGUAUCGGCAGGUACAAGCGCCAGCACACGUGUAAUACGCAGGAAUGCCCAAACUUCCCGGAAGACCUGCGGGCGGAACAGUGCGCCAAGUAUAACGGCAGGAACUACAAGGGCCGCAGUUACGUCUGGGUGCCCUUUGUAGACGCGCCAAACUCCUGCGCGCUCAAUUGCCGUGCAGUCGGCGAGCGUUUUUACGCAACGCUUGAACCGGCAGUAAUAGAUGGCACGCCCUGCGAUGCCCCGAAUCUUCUUCGUGGACGCGGCGCCGGCGGCGGGAUUUCGACGGAGCGCAAUGGCGAGCGGUGGCUGUGCGUCGCCGGACAAUGCAAGCCUGUAGGGUGCGACGGGGUGGUCGGUUCCGGAGCGAUGAUGGACGCCUGCGGCGUGUGCGGCGGCCAGGGUAGAGGAUGCAGAUUGUUCGAAGGCAUCUUCAUGGAACCGAUUCUGCCCAAGGGCCAUCAGCAGGUGAACACGAUUCCAAAGGGCGCCAUGUCGCUCAACAUCUCUGAGCUACGAUUCAGUAGCAAUUUUCUAGCGUUAAGAGACAGUAACGGCAGUUACAUCCUAAAUGGCCCGUGGUCUUACAGUCCCAGUGGCACUUAUAAAGCGGCUGGCACGACAUUAACAUAUCAGAGGGGCGAUAGGAACCGCAUGGAGUGCAUCGUGGCAAUCGGACCGCUGAACGAGUCUUUGCAUUUAGAGAUCUUAUCGGUGGAAUUAAAUCCAGGCGUCCUGUACAAGUACAUGCUACCCACGAAGGAAGUGCCCGACAGUAAAGCGGUGAUUGCACCGCCGCUGCUUGUCGCAGGAUCGAACGAUCGGGGCAACGAAAUACCUAGUCCAGAUAAUCACGUUACCGUGCGAGCGCCCGUCACAAGAAUAUCGGAUCGGCGGAGCGAUUUAUCUUCGACGCGUCGCGAUCGCGAUCCGCUGCGCAGACCGCACGACGGCGGACGGAAGGAAGAGAUGAAGCAUCCGCCGACCACGGUGAUGGCGGGCGAUCAGCCAAAGUCAAAGGCGACGAGGAAGAAGCGGAGGAGGAAGUUCGCUUGGAAAAUAGUCGGCUUCGCUGCGUGCACGAAGGAAUGCGGGGGAGGCGUACAGACGGCGAUCCUGAAGUGCAUUCGCGAGAUCAAUCAGACACCCGUCAACGAUAAACGCUGUCACAUCGUGGAGAAACCGAAGUUGCCGCCCCCGCUGCGUUGCAACGAUCAUCCUUGUGCCGCCAGGUGGAGGGCCGAGCCGUGGAGCGAGUGCUCGGUCACGUGCGGCGUCGGCGUCAGGACGCGGAAGCUCGAGUGCGUCCAGGAGUUGAACGCGCGGCUGACGAUGCACGUGGCUGCUGGCGCGUGUGUCCAACCGCCUGAUCUGAGCACCGUGGAAGCUUGCAACCUGCCGGCCUGUCCCAACGUGGCCCCCGAAUUGAGGCAUAUGCACUCGCAGCACGACAUGCCCAGGUGGGACGUGGGCGUUUGGGGCCCGUGCUCGGCGACAUGCGGUCGUGGAACCCGAAAUCGAACGGUGACUUGCAUAACGUCUGGGAAGUCCUGCUCGUUAGCCGACAAGCCAGAAUCUCAGAAAGCGUGCGAGGUAGCGGCUUGCGGUGCGACGUCGUCGGACAUGGGGCAUCACGCGCCCUGGCUCUACUCGGAAUGGUCUUCGAAGUGCUCAGCGGAAUGCGGGAACGGCGUGAGGAUCAGACGAGUGGCGUGCGCCGACGGUAGCGAGUUAUUCUGCAAUCCCAAAGAAAGGCCGGACACAGAAACGUAUUGCUUUAGACGAGGAACGAACUGCGACCGAGCCAAGUGGUUCGCCGGUCCAUGGACUUCCUGUUCCGUCUCGUGCGGCGUCGGCGUGCAGCAUCGCGAUAUCGCAUGUAUAGCCAGAACGGGUGACCAGUUUGUCGUAUUACCCGCGAGGAAUUGCAGCGAUCCGGAGCCAGCGAGCGAACAGGUCUGCCGAACGCCCGCGUGCUCGCCGGAAUGGUUCACCUCGAGCUGGUCAACGUGUUCCGCGACCUGUGGGGUCGGAGUGCAAACACGGCUCGUACGGUGCAUCCUCGAGGGCGUGAGUAGCACCAGCUGUCCAGAGAUUGGCAAACCGGACGCGGAGCAGCGAUGUAACGCGGAGCCGUGCGAGAAGGAGCCGACGACGGUGAGGGAAGUGGCGAGCAGGCCGCCGAAAAAGGUGCGCGAUGAGUCGUCCAAGUGCGUGGACAAGUAUUUAAAUUGCGCCUUGGUGAUCAAGAACGGCCUGUGUCGGCUGAAAUAUUACAGGGACUCGUGCUGCCAAUGCCGGCACUAGCUGAAUCAGCGAUCUCGCGAUCACGAUCACGAGCGACCGUGAUCAUGAACGAGUGCGAAACCGGCGCGACAUUCCGUCUCCGAGAGAGAGAGAGAGAGAUAUGGAUAUCGGAACGGGCGAAUCGUGCUUUGCGUGAGACUGCAUAAAAGCAAGAUCCAUGUAGUAUUUUAUUUAUAUACCACCAUGGAAUAUAUUUAUACAUUAUGGAAUCAGGUCGCGCGUGUCUGUCUUACGCGAUCGCGUCUUCUUUCGCCGACUGCAGCGGCAUGAUCCUCGUAGAGAGCGCGACGCGGACUCUCUUCGCGAGAAACUUUGUCGAUGCUUCGUCCCGAUCCUUCGGAUUUUCGAGCGAAGCGAGCGCCUGUGAAAGAAUAUCGAGACUGCUUUAAAGAUUUUAGGAAGGAACUAAGGUAGGAAAUAGGAAUUCUCUAAAUUAAGAAUGAGCCGUUCCCGAGAGGGAAUUCUUCCGCGAGAGAAUUCUCGCGUAUUGAGAAACUUAUCAGAUGUAUUGUAUAAUAUUAGGGAUUUGUUUGUGCGAUAAUUUAUAUCGACGCUGCACACGUGCGUGUUCACCUGUGGGUGCGCGCCGCGGGUCGUUUACAUCACGUCGCGUGCGCGUAUGACUCAAUAUCUGUGUUAUCUGCCGCGGACGGACAGACGCAGGGACGUAAUUUUAUCGAUUCAUACGCGUGCGUUCCUACGCAAACGCGGCCUACGCCGACUGGCCCUUUCACGCGUAGCAAUUUUAAUUUUCGUGCGUUCGUUAUUGGACGGUGCGUCCUCGCGAGAUCAUCUCAAUGACUCGCGUUUCUGAAAUAACGAGGGGAGAGAAAAGGCUCGCGUGUUCUAGAGACGUGUGUCGCGUAUUUCUUUACUAAAAAUAGAGCGCAUUAAAGUGGACAAUGGCGUAUGUUAAUGCUGGAAGCGUAACAGCCCUUAAACGAAUUAUUUUGAUUUAAUUUUUGCAACGAACGCGGGAGAAAGGAAUCGCAUACACGAUGUUUUUAAUGUGUUUUUAAUUUGCAUGCAUUUCGCAAGGCACGAUUGAGCAGUCCGAUUAAGAAGGCCAAGGGAUCGUAUUCUCGAAGGUAAGCACAGAAAGGCAGGAGAAAGAGAAAGAAAGAAAGACAGAGAGAGAGAGAAAGAGAGAGAGGAAUCUGACACAACAAGGCGCAAUUACGCUCCUGGAUAACGAGCUUCUCCUUGCAUGCAUAUUCGCGCAAAACCUGUACGCCCAUGGAAACCUCCGAGGCUGCUGCUGCUGCACCCGCCUCUACGCCGACCGCGUAAAAUGAAACGAGUUUUCAGCGGAACCCGUACUACGGAAUCGACGUGAAAGAGGCGGCAGCCCCGCUUACGUUAUUACACGGGGGGCCCGACGGAGAAACACGCGGCCCCGAUGAAAACUCGUGGUGGCUCGGCCGUUCCCAAAGAAAAAUAUUUUCCCACAGAAACGUGAUUGCCCCGUCCGUUGAAACGCGGAAUCUCGUCCGAUGACAAUUUAAUUGUGGAUUUAUCGCGCCGGACUGCAUACGGACGGCGCGGCGCGGGCGGUGCGAUCGAGGCGAGAAUAUUGUUUCUGUAAAUAAAUCCCGCGUAAAUAUAUAUAUAUAUACGCGGCUCGCUGUACAUACAAAUCGCGAGAUGAUGUAAUAAAGUAUCCCCCAGCGCUAGGGAAUCACGAUAGACAUUUUUUUCUUCACGAAGCGUGUGUGCUUUUCGUUUCCUUGUUAACGUUCGUCCGAGCUGAGAGUUCGUCGUAGAGAUUCGUGAUUCGAAAGUCGAUGAGCGAAUUAAUUAAUUGCUCGAUGAAAACGGCGACUUACGGAAAUCGCGCGGCGACGUAUUUAUUCCCCAGGAUCGUAAGUCGUAAGAAAAUUUUAUUUAUGGUAGUUUAUUACGGGAGGAUUCUAUUUAUUUAAUGUCUCGAAGUCUCCACGAAUCUGCGACUCUCGUUCUGCAUACGUAUACAUCGGCGCUAUCGAGAGCUUGUUCAUUAAGCAUGAUAAUAUAUAUACGUCAACGUAACAGAAGUAUACGCUUGUAUGUGUAGAAUAUAUAAAACCGUCGUUAGUUGGUAAAUAUAUGUAUUAUAGUGUAUUUCGGCGUCAAGAAAUAACAGUUGGAAUGGCUCUUCGAUCUCUGUAUUGCAAUCACGUAUUACUACAUCGAGCUCGUAUUUCAUUGCGCUGUUAGAACCGAUAUAUCGCAUGGAUUAAUCAAUUAAUUAAUCAUCAAACGGAUUCCUUCAUUCUGUCAGACAUAAAAAAUUAAGCAGCAUUCUGUAUCGCAUUGUACUACUCAGAGAACGUUCCACGUCUCGCUCAGAUUCUCUAUUUUUACAGCAAUUACAAAUUAUUUACACGCA